UAUUAACCGGGGCGGAGAGUGGGGAAACGCAUUCAGGGCACCGGCGGCCCGGGACACGGAGCGGAGCGGGGAGCUCGGCCACAGGGAGCGGCGUCUGUUCUGACAUCUGGAUCCUCUCCAGAUUUCGCUGCUUCAUGAUUGGCCGCCAGUGGCUUCAGCUCCAUGGUUCCAACCUCUGGAAUCUCCUGCCUGAAGCUCCGCUACUGUUGUUGCUCCUUUUCAGAUGGUCUUUGAAACCUACAACCACCUACACCAUAUCCCUCCUGUAGGGUGGGGUAAUCUUCCUCGUUGGGCACACAGCCUUUGGUUAGAAGAUGACGCACCAGGCUCCAGCACUCACUCCUGAGCAGAAGAAGGAGUUAAAUGAGAUCGCCCUGCAGAUUGUUUCACCCGGAAAGGGCAUCUUGGCUGCCGAUGAAUCUGUGGGGAGUAUGUCCAAGCGCCUGACCCAAAUCGGUGUGGAGAAUACCGAGGAAAACCGCCGUCUCUACCGGCAGAUCCUGAUGACAGCUGAUGACCGGGUCAAAAACUAUAUUGGGGGCAUUAUCUUCUUCCACGAGACUCUGUACCAGAAUGCUGAUGACGGGACACCCUUUAUUAACAUUGUCAAAGAGAAGAACAUUCUGGCUGGGAUCAAGGUUGAUAAAGGUGUUGUCCCCUUGGCUGGAACCAACGGAGAGACCACCACUCAAGGCUUGGAUGGAUUAGCAGAGCGUUGUGCUCAGUACAAGAAGGACGGAGCGGACUUUGCAAAGUGGCGUUGUGUACUGAAAAUCAGUGCGACAACCCCAUCUGCACUCGCUGUCAUGGAGAAUGCUAAUGUUUUGGCCCGUUAUGCGAGCAUCUGCCAGCAGAAUGGCAUAGUUCCCAUUGUGGAGCCCGAGAUCCUACCCGACGGUGACCAUGAUCUGAAGCGAUGCCAGUACGUCACAGAGAAGGUGUUGGGGGCUGUCUAUAAAGCACUAAGCGAUCACCAUAUAUACCUGGAAGGUACUUUGCUGAAGCCCAACAUGGUGACUCCUGGCCAUUCUUGCCCUACCAAGUACAGUCCUGAGGAGAUUGCCACUGCAACUGUCACUGCACUGAGGCGCACUGUCCCACCUGCUGUUCCAGGAAUCACAUUCUUAUCUGGAGGGCAGAGUGAGGAGGAAGCCACCAUCAACCUCAAUGCUAUCAAUAAGUGCCCACUGCCAAAACCAUGGGCACUGACUUUCUCGUAUGGCCGAGCUCUGCAGGCCUCUGCACUGAAUGCCUGGCGUGGGGAGAAAGAGAACAUGCAGGCUGCACAGGAUGAGUUCAUGAAGCGUGCUGAGGUUAACAGCUUGGCCUCCCUUGGACAGUAUGAACCAAGCAGUGACAGUGAAGGUGCAGCCAGCCAGUCUCUCUACAUAGAAAAUCAUGCUUACUGAAAGGAAACAAGUAAUAAAGUCAAUGACAAAAAAUUCUCCAAUAGGCUUCUUGUAAUCAGCUGACCCACAGCCUCUGCUGCCUUGUACAUCGUGCUUUCACUGCCUGCAUUGUUUAACUGUGUAGCUGUGAUUUAAGCUUAAGAGUACGGUCAACACUACUCCCUCUCCCUCCAACCCCAAAAACCAAUCAAGCUUCAUUUUGUUUCAGUUUACAAUACCCACUACCAGAUGUAUUGUGACCUUUCAAUAUAAAUGAACAGAUCCUUUUAUUGGAUGUACUGCAACCUCCGAUAUAAAUAGUGUUUCACUGCUUCCCUGAAAGACUUAAACCUUGUUAUGUUAGCUGCCUUGCCUUUUAAUCACCUAGGCUUGUGAUGAACAACCAAUAUUUCUGAUAAUCACUUGUAGAUCAGAUAUUCACUGCAGUUUGCCGUGUCAUAACGUGAAGAUGUAACUGUAGCUUGUCAAGUGAGUUCACAAGAGGUGGCUGUACACUUGAAUAUUUAACACUCAUUAUUGCUAAUAUAUACAUACACCACAAACUGAAAUUGGUCCCGGACAGUGCUCACUGUGUUCUCUCUCUGCACAGCAGAGGAUGCGCUGUUUGUGUAUUUUGUGUGGUAUGAGUACAUGGCUGUAGAUGCAAUUAUGUGGGAGCAUUGAGUGUUGUGUUUAAAAGUAUUUUGUUAUAUAUAACUGUACUGACUCUACAUCUACUAAUAGUUACAAUAAACAGAGGGGGAAAAAACCCUA